AUGAAUGCCACUCUCCCGUACUGCACGUGGCUUUGUGAUAAAUGCCUUAUUCCACCUCUCAACUCCAACGCAAACCCCAACCUUAGUCCAUUCGCCCACAAAUCCAAUCUUGACUGGUUCUUAAACGGUUUCGGAGGUCCGUCAAAGAUCUCCUCAAAACUGCCACCAGACGCCUCCAACGACCCCGGAGUGGACCAUACCGAUAGAAUGGAUGUUCCAGGUCCCUUUCUCUCCGCCGGUAUUCUCCGUCAAAGCUCCAGCUCUUUCCCCAGUCUCCCAUUUCCCUCCCAGCCCGCCGAAAUCAGCAUCGAAUUUGUAAUUUUGGUUAGUUCGUUGGUGAUCUUGACGCUCCGAUUUGCAGCCCCCUUCUGGUUCACGAGCAGGGCCUUCUCAAUUAUAUUCUCACUAUACACGGCUUUGACUGGUUGUUACAUCUUGCUUGAGGCAGCCGCAAUUGAGGUGCUUGUCAAACUCACAACCGCUGGAACCAUAGAUGCCGCCGGAAACCGAAUCAGCGUAAUUGCACGUGACUCUCAACUUGUGGACCCCCGAGUUUGUGUGGUGAUUAGCACAGUCGGUUUCCUCUUCCUACUUGCCGGUCUGGCAGCAUUUUAUGCCUCGGGGGAACUCCUGUUUCGACAAGCAGUCAAUAACUACGCACGUCUUAUUGUGGCCGGUGAGUUUGACUUAAUGUCUCAAAGACAAACAUCCGCAGAAAUGUUUGGGGAAGAUCGUGAAAGCCAGGGUUCCGCCCUCUUCCCGGUUCCCACACCCGAGCUCUGUCUGCUGUCGAAAAAACCACUUGAACUGCUGCUUGGUCCGAGUGUUAUUGCGGUCACGACCAAGGCCUGGCGUCCGCCACCGACACGCAAACAAACAAACAACGCCACCACACAUUCCGUGCUUCCUCCGACUAUGUCUGGAGCCAGCGACCGCUCGGCCACAUUGCGAUCGCGUCGAAUGUCCACCAGUGAGGGCAGUCCAAAAAGAAAUGCAAAAAAGGUCAAGUCCUCCAUCGCCUUUUGGCCAGCCGGGGUUUCUGGUGUAGCCCUGGCCUGUCUCCUUGCCACACGAGCCUGCCUGUUUGCUCCGAUGCUUCAAUGCUAUUGGUACUCUAAGGCCGCUCUGCCUCUAGCCUUUGUCAUCUUCUCCAUUCUCUACAUCAUCCUCUGGUUGGUACUGUGGUUUGGAAUUUCCGUGAAGACGGCCUGGCGGUUCAGGUUGCUGCACACGCCCUCACCGGUGUCCAGCUCCUCACGGACAAACUCGCCCCAUCACAUGCCUCCCAUGGAGGGUAUGACAGCUCCCCCCUGGCCUCUGUCGUACCAUCCAGCAGCGCAGAGAUUCGGGGCAGGAUACCUCUGGCCCUGGUUACAGUACCAGCCGGGUUGGGUGGCUCCCAAUGGAGGC